AUGGUCGAUCUGCUGAUCUGCCUUCUGGUCCUCAUUUUACUUGGCCUCGCCCUGGUUGGUGGCCUCAUUGUCUUGCGCCGAAAGCGUCAGAAUCGGAAACAGCUCGAGCUCCCCGUCCACAACGGCCAGGUCCCGAACCCGCGUCGCCUCACGAUAUCCGCGUCGCCCAACGCCAGGACGGAGUCCGUCCUCGUGUACGAUGAGAAACGCAGCCUGAUGGAAAACUCGUCCAGCCCGCCCCCCAGUCCCGUUCCCGAGAUCCGCAUCACGUUCCCGGAGGAGGAAGAUGAGAUGGGGAAACGCAAGUCCGGGCGAGUGGUCGUCGUGCGAAUUACUGAUGCGGGCGGUGUGGGGUUGGAGCCCUGCAGCGAACAACUGCCCCCGUAUCAAUCCAGCGAUGCGGAGCGAUUCCAGUCCUUGGACAUCGACCGCAUGGGUGGACUCAAGGAGAAAGGUGACACGAGCAGAUGGUCAUGA